GAGAUCUUGGGGAUCCUGAAGAAGAACCUGCAUCACCUUCUGUGUUGCCUGCGUGUGGAAGUGCACGACCCAGCUGACCAUGACGACGACCAGUCAGCGUCGUCAGUGGAGGGGAAGUUGACUAUGACCCGUCUCAACAGGGAGUCGCCUGCCCCACAGGAGACACACUCUCACACCACCAGCAUAAAACCGGACCUCACUAUGUCUUCCAUGGCCAGCAUCAAGCCAGACCUUACCCCAAUCUGCCUCAAACCAGACCUAACCACCACCAGUAUCAUGCUGGACAUUAUCACCACCACCACCCCUGAUACUACUUCCAGCCUCAAGCAAGAAAACCUCGCCACCACCACCACCACCACUACCACCGCGUCUACAACCAGCAUUAAACAAGAGGUUGGACAGAAUCCAGUCAGUAAGGCUUCUCCAGAAGAGGGUACCUCUGGUUUCUCGACAGCUCUACAGUUAAACACCAAUUCUAACAACUUACACAAAAAUAUUCCAGAAGAGCUUUAGUGUAUUUCAGUAUCCUCGGCAGUAGAAAAACUUCGGAGUAUUUCAGCGUUUUCUGUAGCAGAAGAGCUUCACUGUAUCUCACCGUCCCCUGGAGCAAAAGAGCUUCAGUGUAUCUCACCGUCCCCAGGAGCAGAAGCUCUUCAGUAUAUCUCACCGUCUUGACUAGAAAAGCUUCAGUGUAUCUCACCGUCUUCCAGGACAGCACUAGCAUGUCCUUGCUCCCAGGAGCAGCACACAGUAACAGAGGGCCAGUCGAAGGAAAAUCUGGAAGUAAUAAUAGAGGCAAAAAAUCUUUCUGGACCAGACAUGAAUGAACUACAAACUGCCUUCACGACUGACUCCUCUGUCAACAACUAGUCGCAAACUUUGCUAGCUCAGACAGGCCAUGAAGCAGAACUUCCAGACAUAGAAGUCAUACACUUCUCUACAUGUCCCUAUUUCACUCAUGUCGAUAGCCAAAGAUUUGGCGAGUUAACCAGUUGGGCUAUCAGUACUUAAAUUGCAAUAGCCGAGUUAUUAGUAUAUCAGUAUUAGUAAUAGCAUUGUAUUAAAGUGCUAAACUUGGAAGUCAUUCAGAGUUACAUAGGAAUUUGUUGACUAACAUUGUGUACAACGAAACGGAAUUGUUAUGAGGACGCUUUUAAUUAGUACAGUAAUUCAUUUUCAUUUCAAAAAAAGGUAAACAAAAAUGUUCAUUCAAGAUGAGAGUUUCACUUAGCAAAACGGAGUAAACAUGUCAAGGUGUUGAGGAAAAGUCGAAAAUGACUGGGACUUUCUCUGUGAUGAACUGGACAAUUGGUGUGACCGAGACAGGGAUACCAGAGUACGUACUGUCUCCCACACCUGACACCGAGGAAGGGAAGGUGACAGAAGCCUAAUUGCAACUUGAUUAAAAACUAGCUCUUACCAACAACAAUGGAACAUUGUAAGAUUUGGAACCCGCAAUAAGUUCACAGGUGUGUGAAAGUUAAUUGCCCUGAAUACGAGAAUAACCAGAGACCCAACCAAAUAUUACUUUUCUUUAGCUGAUAAUGCAAAACAGCAAGCCAGCAUUGAAAUUCACUUUGAAAGUCUGAGAUUACAAGAAAUGAUGCGCUGAGCAUGUUAGCAAUGCAAAUGACAACAGAAUUAUUCUGGUAUGAAAAAUACUAACCUAAUGUUACAUAUGUCAAUACAUCACGUGAUGUGGGGAAAAAUUAGUAGCGCAGCCCACACCAUCAGAGAACUUGAAGCCAGCAACGUAUGGAGCACUAGUGUAUGUGUGGGAUUAAGAAUGAUCAUUGUCUUGUGAGCACAAAGUCCCAAGUAAACAAGAUUUUGAGAACAGUGGGGGGAAAACAACAGACUUAGGCCACAGGGACUUCCAAAGAAGGGAGAAAAAAGACACGAGGAAAAGCAAAACGAGAAUGAAUAAGAGUCUUUAUCAUAAAAUGGCGUAGACUGAAUUGAUAAUUACACGAAGGAGUCAUGUAAGGUCUGGAGAAUGGGACGUAAUUAAUUCUCAUCCGACGAAGGGAAGGUUCAUUCCAAUUCAUCGGAUCAAGAGCCUUUCACCAGUAUCACAACAAGCCUCUGGAAAGGACCAAAAUUAUAAAAGAAGGGGGGGGGGGGAACACCUCUAUAAUUACAACGGCAGUAUUGAAGCUCCUAUAAUGAUUCUUCUAAUUUACUACAAACCCCUGGAAAAUACUAUUAUUGCCUUUAUUUCCAGUACGUUUCGCUCAAAGGAAACGUAGAGGAAAUAAAAUCUUGUUCUGCUGCGUGUUUGACGUCACGUUUCCUUCCUGAAACUCCUGAUGAUUGUAAGUAGCUACAACUAUUAUUGAAUAGUUGUAGCAACAAUUAUCAUUAAAUGGUUGUACCUACAAUUGUCAAAUUGUUGUAGUUACAGCUAUUAUUAAAUGUUUAUAGCUACUACUAUUGUUAAAUGAUUAUAGAUGCUUUUGUUAAAUAGUUGUAGCUACCACUAUUGUUAAAUGGUUGCAUUACAAUUAUUAUAAUCGUAACUAAACACUAAACCCACAAGGGUCAUACAACGAUUAAAUGGUUGUAGCUACCACUAUUGUCGAAUGGUUGUAGCUACCACUAUUGUCGAAUGGUUGUAGCUACCACUAUUGUCGAAUGGUUGUAGCUACCAUUAUUGUCGAAUGGUUGUAGUUACCACUAUUGUGGAAUGGUUGUAGCUACCACUAUUGUGGAAUGUUUGUAGCUACCACUGUUGUGGAAUGGUUGUAGCUACCACU